AUGGCGACACUGUCGGCCUCUUUGAAUGCCUGCCAGAAGAGCCAGGAUUGGCCGCGGGCCUUGCACUGCCUUUGGCGCCUCAGAUAUGAACACGAAGGCAGAAACCGAGAUGAGGACCUCCAGUUCACCCAGGCCAUUCGAGCAUGUCAGGGCGCUGCCCAAUGGUGCAUGGCCCUCGAGUUGCUGAACUCCAUGGACGUCUGGAGGGUCGCGGCCAACGUUUUUACGUACGCGGCGGCCAUCGGUGCCAGCCAGAAAGCGCUGCAGUGGACUGUGGCAGUACAGCUUCUUUUCUCCAUGGAGGAGGCAGCGGUGACUCCGAAUGUUGUCACUUACAGCGCCACCAUCAGUGCUUGUGCCGAGCAGUGGGCAACAGCGCUGGAGCUUGUUCACCAUAUGCGGUCAGCAAGGGUGACGCCGAAUUCCUUUAGCUACUCUGCAGCGAUCUCAGCAUGUGAGAGGGCAACAGAGUGGUCUGCGACUAUGGCGUUGUUUGCAGACAUGGCGAGUGACAAGGUCGAGCAGGAUCAGAUGACCUACAAGGCCGCGCUGAGGGCUUGUGAGAGGGCAGCCAAUUGGCCAUUGGCUCUCGCCAUCUUGAGCGACAUGAAGUUGAACCCGCGCACGUCGCUGAAAGAAAUCCAUUUUACCGACGCCAUCAGAGCAUGCCAGGGCGCUGCGCAAUGGUCCAUGGCCGUGGAACUUUUGAACUGCAUGAACGUCUGGAGGGUCGCUCCCAACAGUUUCACAUACGCGCCAGCCAUCGGUGCCAGCCAGAAAGCGCUGCAAUGGUCUACGGCCGUAGAGCUUCUUUUCUCCAUGGAAGAGGCAACAUCGACUCCUGAUGUUGUCACCUUUAGCGCCACCAUCAGUGCUUGUGCCGAUCAGUGGAUGACAGCACUGGAGCUUGUCCAUCACAUGCAGUCAGCCAGGGUGACGCCCAAUGCCUUUACCUACUCUGCCGCAAUCGCCGCGUGCGAGAAGGCGACAGAGUGGUCUGCAGCUUUGGCUUUGUUUGCAGAGAUGGCGAGUGACAAGGUGCCUCCCAACGUCAUUAGCUACAACGCCACGAUCAGCGCCUGUGAGAAGGGCGCGCAGUGGCUUCAAGCGCAGCGCCUGCUGGUGAACAUGCAGGACGCCAAGCUGGCGCCCAACCAAAUCACCUACAAUGCCAGCAUCAGCGCCUGUGCUUCGGCGGGCAUGUGGUCCCAAGCGCUCCAUCUCUUUGAGAGCAUGGACGCAAAUCUGGUGGCGCGGGAUCGCAUCACCUACAAUGCGGCGAUGAGCGCCUGCGAGAAGGCUGGGCAGUGGCCUCUGGCGCUGGAGUUCCUCAGCGCCAUGCGAGAGGCGUUGCUUUGGCCCAACGUUAUCAGCUACAGCUCCGCCAUCAGCGCGUGCGAGAAGGGCUCGCAGCCGCUCGUGGCCCUGCAGCUCCUGGAUGACAUGGACCAAGACCAGGUGCUCCCGGACGUGAUCUGCUUCAAUGCUGCCAUCAGCGCCUGCGAGACCCCGACUCUGUGGCCCUUGGCGCUGUCGCUCUUUCAGGACAUGGCCAGGUGCAUGCAUCCCAGUGUGGUGAGCUACAGUGCUGCACUGAGUGCCUGUGAGAAGGGCGCGCAGUGGCGCACCGCGCUGGACCUAUUCUCCCAGCUGCGGGAGGACGGUUUGACACCCAACGUCGUCAGCUUCAAUGCCUUGCUGAGCGCCUGUGAGAAGGCGAUCGGCGCAGUCGGCGGAAAGCUGCACUUGCGCUAUGCGGAGCCGACGCAACUGGAUGGCGUGCGCCUUGGCAGAACUGCGAAGAUGGUCCUCAUCCACAGCUACGGGCGCCACGUGAACAGCCCUGUCUUCUGGCAGAAGUCCAUCAACUUUGCGGAGCAGUUGAACGUGGCGAUAUUUUCCUUCGACAUGACGGGCCACGGCUACUCGGAGGGUGAGCACGGGCAAAUCGAUGAUUUCGAUGACUUGGCGCAGGAUGUGGCUCACUUUUGCGAUCUACUUUGCACAGCGACGGAGGCAUCUGGUGAUGGGUAUAACUUGUGCAGCCCAGAACUUUUACAGCGGCUGAAGCACAAGAAGAUAGUUGUGGCAGGAGAGUCCAUGGGUGGUGCUGUGGCUCUCUUGGCUUCUCUCAGAUUUGGUCCCGCCUCGCCUUACGUGGGCGGCUUGCUUCUGUUGGCGCCGUCAUUGAUGAAUAUCUCAGCUCCAUGUUUUCUGGGGCAAGGGUUGAAUGCGCUGCUCAAGAGGACGCCCUCCGCCAGACAGCUUCCCAUUCCCGCGAUGUUUCUGCCGAAAAUCACUGGCAGCAAGGUGUUUUCGGAUGAGAUGGACAUCGAGAGCUUUAACUCAGAUGACAACCUUGGCUUUCAGUCGUCUAUGAAUGCAGCCACCGCUGCAGCAUUCGUCCGGAUGUUCGAGGAUUUGCCUGCGAAGAUGCCAGAAGUUGGCUUGCCGCUGCUGAUUCUGCACGACCCAGAGGACAAGAUUUGCCCACCGCAGGGCAGCGAGAUGCUUAUGGACUUGUGCGCCAGUGAGGACAAGUGCUUUGUACCCGUGCCUGGCGGUCGGCAUGCGCCCCACGUCAACGAGUACGCCUUCUGCCUGCCGUUGAUGUAUGACUUUGUGCAGAGCUGCGUGUGCGACCCAGCUCCGGGGCUUGGCGCUCUCAAAACUAUGACCUGCCUGAGCCGCUUGAGCCGGUCUGCUUCCAAGCAAAUCAUGGGCGCUGCCAUACGCUGGCCCGCCAAAAACCGGGUGGCGCCCUACAUCAACCUGACGUUGUUGCUGGGGCAUACCGCUAUUGUUGCAGCGCCCCCCGUGCUUUUGUUGGUGGACGCGGUUGUGGGUACCUGGAUCCUCGCUGGCCUGGUGGCUUCGUUCGCACUGCUGGGCGCCUACUUCCAAUUCGAGGCGGCCUGCUCGCUUUUCCGCUUGCUCCGCGCGGAGCGGGCACGCAAGGCGCGGGAGGUUGAAGAAGUGCCUGGAGUCUUCGCGUGCCGGUUGAUGCACUUGGUAUGCGUGGCAAUCUACAAAGAGCCCGACAGCAUGCUGCUGGAUACGCUCAAACAGCUCAACGACUCACCCAGCGCCUGCCGCAUGCGGGUCGUUUUUGCAAUGGAGGAAGCCACCGAUCGCUCUGAAGAGCGCUUUAGGCUCUACCAGAAGAAUUUGUCCAAUGUAAAGGACGUCGUCUACUACAUCCACCAGCCGAAACAAGGGGAAAUCCGGGGUCUGUGCUCCAACCUCGCACAUGCGCUGUCAGAGGACUUGUCCAAGCUCACGGCCAAGGACAGUUCCUGCGACCUGGACAACUACAUCUUGACCAAGGUGGACUCACAGGCGCACUUGCCGCUGCACUACUUCACAGAGCUGGAGUGGUCCGUGCAGGAUCGCAGGCGUGUCAAGAGCGAGGGGCCGGUUGUGUGGCAGCCCGUGCUGGGCAGCUUCCUGAACCGCAGCAGUAGCAUUGGACCCGUGAGGGCGCUCAUGUCUAUGCGGAGCUUCUGCUACCCGGCCCUCUUCAAGAUGAACUUGCUGACAGUUACCUGCUACAGCGUGCCCCUGCGGCAAUAUGUGAACAUGGGACGCCAUCAUCCUUGCUACAUGGGUGAAGACUGCAUGGUCGCGGCACAGAGCUCGGUGGACGCUUCGCGCUGCGCCACGGUGGCCAUGUUGCCGGUGCUGGUGGAGGUGGCGCCGCCCUUGGACUCCAACUGCUGCGGCGCCUUACGGGAAACCGCUCGGCAGUGCGUGCGCUGGGCCGCGCAGUCCACGGAAGCCGCGGAGUUCCGGUGGAGGUUCCGCGGGCCGAGGUCCACGUUGGGCACUGCCUGGUGGCUGCUGAAGUAUUGGUUUGUGCGGGUGGCCAUGAUGAACGCCUUGGGGGCCUUCGCCAUCUCGCUCUCUGUGGCAGUCCAACUGGACAUUGCGCUGCCGGAGUUGGAGUCCUGGGUCUUGCUGGUGAUGGACAAGUUUCUGCUCGUGGUGGUGCUGGCGUUGUUUGUAGUCAUGCCCGUCUACGAGCAGCUCUUGGCGCAGCUGGCAAGGCACGAAGUCCCUUGGCGCCAGCUGCCCGCGACCAUCCUGUCCUUCCCGGGGGCUGUGCUGGCGAACACAGUGGUGGACCUUUGGGCCUGGCACAAGCUGCUGUCACGAGGCAAGGCGGCCAUCACCCUCACGCACCGGAAGAAGAUCGUUGCCAAGGACCCAGUAGCAACCAAAGCGCGCAGAGCCCACUCCCUGAAGGACGUGGAACUUGGUGUCCAGUGGCCUACUUGCACGCGGGCUGCCCAGUGGCGCCCCGCUCUGGGCCUCUUCGAGCAGCUCGAAGGUGCCGAAUCGGAAGUGGCCCCAGACGUGCUGAGCUACGGCGCCGGGAUCUUGGCCUGUCACCAGGGCAACCAGAGCUUCAGGGCGCAGGAGCUGCUCGCGGGCCUUCAGCGGCGAGUCGUACUUUUCCCGGCCGCGUGUUUUAGCUCCGCCUUGGCGCCCCAAAAGGUGCAGCGGCUGGAGGAUUGUCUGCAGCAGGAGGCGCAGCUGCGGCAGCUGAAGCUGCAGAGCUUGAAGAAGGAGGUGCUUCACCCGAAGCUGACGGAAGCGCAGGGUAAGUUGGAGGCAGCGUUUCUCCACCAGUUCGAGUACGCGCACAAUCUCAUCGAUGCAGUCAGCGACCGCUUGGCGGGUGUAGAAAAGGACUUUGUGCAGAGCCGCGCCCGCUACGUGCAGCAGAUAGAGAUGGACGCCGGCACAGUGGCCUCGGACCUGAAAGACUUCCGCCGGAGCUUCGAGCUCGAGCUCGCGGCGCGGCAGGAGCGCGAACAAGACCUCCGGGAGCGCCUUGCUGCCUCCAAGCACCAGAUGGCAGAGAAGCUGGCGCCGGGAGUGACAGAAUCAAAGGUAUGUCGUUGGGGUUCCAAGGUUGGGUCCUGUUAA